GAUAUUUAUGCCAAGUCGGAGUCUCCAAACCCACACUGCCACUCUCUAAAACCUCGCGCCAAAAACACCCCCACCACCGCUCGCACUCAUUGGCGAAAAUGCCGGAAUUGCCAGAGGUUGAAGCGGCGAGGAAAGCAAUAGAGGAGAACUGCUUAGGCAAGAAGAUCAAGAAAGCUAUCAUAGCCAGUGAUGCUAAAGUCAUUGACGGAGUCUCUCCCUCUGAUUUCGAAGCUGCUCUUGUUGGCAAAACCCUAAUUUCUGCUCAUCGUAAGGGCAAAAACCUGUGGCUCCAGCUCGAUUCUCCCCCUUUUCCUUCGUUUCAGUUUGGGAUGGCUGGUGCUAUAUAUAUUAAAGGAGUUGCUGUUACCAAAUAUAAAAGGUCUGCUGUGAACGACACUGAUGAGUGGCCAUCCAAAUAUUCAAAGCUAUUUGUUGAACUAGAUGAUGGUCUGGAGCUGUCUUUCACUGAUAAGAGGCGAUUUGCUAAAGUUCGCUUGCUCAACAAUCCUGUGUCUGUGCCUCCAAUAUCUGAGCUUGGCCCUGAUGCACUAUUGCAGCCAAUGGCAGUUGAUGAGUUUUAUAAAUCAUUGUGCAAGAAGAAAAUGCCUAUCAAGGCUCUCUUACUUGAUCAGAGUUUUAUUUCUGGUAUUGGAAACUGGAUUGCAGAUGAAGUGCUAUACCAAGCCAGAAUUCAUCCACAGCAAAGUGCUUCCAGCUUUACCAAAGAAAGUUGUGCAACAUUACUCAAGUGCAUCAAGGAGGUAAUUGAAAAAGCAAUAGAAGUUGAGGCAGAUAGUAGUCAAUUCCCCAAUAGUUGGAUUUUCCAUUCUCGAGAAAAGAAGCCUGGGAAGGCUUUUAUUGACGGGAAAAAAAUUGAUUUUAUCACUUCCGGUGGUAGGACAACAGCUUAUGUACCAGAGUUGCAAAAGCUGAGCGGAAACCAAAUUUCAAAGAGAAGAAACAGUGAGGAUAAUAAUGAUGAUAAUGGAGUUGAAGGUGAGGAUGCUGCCAGUAAUGCUGCAAGCUUGGAAGAUGGAGCUGCCAAGAAGGCAAAACCAAAGAGAGAAUUGAAGCCUAGAGGCCGUGGUAAGAAACCUCCACCAGAACAGAAGACUAAGGCAACUGAUGCUGAUGAAGAUAACGAUGAAGCUGCUUGUAAUGCUAAUAAUGAGGAUGAUCAGGUAAAAGAAGAGGAUCAAAAGAAGAAAGAACAGAGUGCGAGCAAUGAUAAACAGCCGAACGGGAAGAAGAGAUCCGACAAAACAGUAACUGAUCACAACAAUAAGAAGCCAAAGAAAACAGUGAAGUAGUUGCUCUUAAGUUAUCAGGAGUAGCUAUGCUAACCCAGCCCACAUUUUUGAAGCAUGGAAGGUGGGUGUUUUUUUUAUUUUUAAAUAAUUUUUGUAAGCAAGCAUGGUAUUUUUGGCUCAUUACUUGGACCAAUCCUGUUUAAGCUAUGCCAGUGACUUGUGCACAUAUUGUCUAUGAUAUGAUACUUUGAACAACUGAAUUUCCUGAUGAAGUGAUGUAAAUUUACAACUCAA